AUGUUUUCUAAGGUGAAAAAUUCACUCGCAAGUGUAUUAACGCAAGACCCUAUUGGUGACUACAGGGUUGGUGCGAGAAAAUUUCGUGGUGGUAAAAACAAUUUACUGCAUAUUCAGGAUGCUGUUGAAGUAUCUUCAGGAAGACUUGUCUCUAUUGUUUCAUUGGAUAUCAAGGAAAUUGUAGAUCGUUGUGUGACAGCAGCUGAGGUUGAGGAGGUUGUACAUAAUUUUAAAAAUGGGGUAACGUUGCUUACGCGGCUGCGACAUCCAAAUAUCCUUCAAGUGGUCAAACCGCUGGUGGAAGGUAAAAAACAUCUUCGAUUUGUUACAGAGCGUAUUACAUCUUUACUUCCAUUUGAACUAUCAAAUGGAAACUUUUCACAGCAAGAAAAAAUUUUGGGACUUUUGAGAUGUGCCAAUGCGAUUCAUUUUAUCCAUGAACGUGCUGGUUACUUGCUUUGUGACUUUUCUCCUCAGGCCAUAUGUGUAGUCGAAGGAGAAUGGAAAAUAUUUGAUUUCUCACAUGCUAUUUUGGGUACAGAAUCCACAAAACUAAAGUUUUCGUACCCAUUUUCUGGUAUUGCAUCACCCGUUUUAGACUAUUGUUCAACGGAAGUUAUAAAAGCCUUAAAACCUAAUGAAGAUAAUCAUUUUGAUCUUUUCAUCUCUAAUUUACCUACACUAAUUGUAAGAAUACCAGACAGUGAUGUGUUUUCUUUUAUUCUUGUUAGUGUUGAGGUACUUUCAGGAGAAAAGUUAUUUGACUCUGGUGAUAACAUUGACCUUCAUGAUAGACAAUACGCUGCUGUUGAGGAAAAGGUUUCCAAGUGGUUUUCAGGGCGUCCUUUGUCAGAACCACGACCAUCUUUGCUUUCAUUAUUGAAUGACCGAAUUUUCACCACCGAAGAUAUCUUAAUAUUAGGAUCCCUAUAUCAAUAUGAUACUCUGGAAGAUAAUGAACGUUUUUCCCUGUUAAAGAGGGUGUACGAUGGUCUUGGGAAUUCAUUAUUUGUAGAAGUAUUAAUUCUACGAUUGAUAAUUCCACUUAUGUCUCGUGAAAGUUCACAGGAAGACAGACUACGAUAUGCUCUUCCUAUUCUUUUACGAUGCUCUCAAACUAUAUCGGAAAAUGCUUUUUCAAUUCAUUUACGGGACUAUUUUAUUACUCUCCUUGCUGCAAUUAGCAAGGCAGAAUCAUUCGAUCGUUGUGGUGUGCCUGCAGAAUUGGUGCUUGAGAAUUUUGAAGUAUUAAAAAAACGUUUUAAUACAGAUUCUGAUAGAAAUACUAUCAUUAUUCCAUUUCUUGAACGUUGUGUGGAUCCUACAAUUAGAAGAAAAAAAAUAAUUCAAAUGUCUAUAAAUUACAUUUCUCAAGAGGCUAAAAAAGGAGGUACCUUAAACUUUUCCGAUUCCCUACCGGAACGUCUGAUUGAAGUAUCGAUUGAUGAACCUCAAGAUAUUACUUCUUUAUUUUUAUGUUUAGAACGGGUGGUGAGCUACGUGUCACUAACUGCGCUUUACUCGCUUGAGUCUCGUCUUGUAUACCAUGCCAGUAACCUUUCUUUUGAUGUGAAUGGUGCAAGAGAUACAUUGAGUCGUUUUUUAGCCCUUCUUGAACACUUGUACGGAGGAUUCUCUCGAGAACACAAAGCUACCCGUAGUAUUCCGUUGAUUUCACACCUGUUGAUCAGCAACGUAACGGAGCUAUCUUUAUUCAGUAGAAGAACAAUACAGAAAAUGGUGCUAGAGGUGACAGAAGUAUCAGAUAUGGGAAACGGGGAUCAACAUUGUCUCCCUACCACAUUAGAGAAAGCUCCUCCCCCUCCUCAUCCGCAUCUCAGAACUGAUUUCUUUUCUCUACACACUACUAAUUCUCACCCUACUAUUUCAUGA